AUGGAUGCAUUCUUCACUGGAGGCGACUUUGCUUCCUGUGCCAUGGACCAACUCAAGGGCGCCAUCAAGCACAGGUUGGAUUGGUUCGCUCACGAGAACGUGCAGCAGUUCCCUGCAGAAGUUCUCACUCCUCUUCAUCAGUGGUAUGGUGAGCAGUCCUCGUUGAUUUCGCCGCAGCGCUUUGGGAAGCCAUUGAAUCGAUUGAGAAUCUAUCGCCUCUUCUUCCGGAAGAACCUGUAUACUUGGCAUGGACCUUCCACGCGGCAGAUUCUCAAGCUCACCUGCCCUUUGAAACCAUUGAACCUUACCUCCGACAGCCUCUACUAUAUGACCAACUCGGAGCUUGUUUCUUAUAGCAGCAAAGUUUAA